UCAGAGUUUUUCCUUAUACGUCUAAAUCACCCCAUGGUCCGCCAUUGAUUUAUAAGGCAGAAAUCGAUUCUUUAUCCUUCUUUCUCCACAAUUGAAAACUUUCUGUUGUCUGCAUUUUCCAGAAUCCUCUCAUCCAUCAUCUAUCCCCACCAAUGGACCGAAUUCGCACACCCAAAGUGAAGAUCCAUUUGGAAAAUGACAAUGUUGUCAUGUACGGCACUCCCAACGAGUCGGCGGGUUGUGUUCUGCGCGGUGUGCUGAAUGUUACUCUAAACGAACCCAGCAAAAUCAAAUCGAUCUCUCUUACCUUUACUGGAACAGUUGUAUUUGCCUGGACAGAAUGCUUGAGCAAUGGUCAAGAACGAUUGUGUAGCGAAGAGCGCAAGGUCAUUGAUCACACAUGGGCCUUUUUACCUCGCAAGGACAAAAUUCAUCAACUAGGCCCCGGUAACUACACGUACGAGUUUGAACUUGCUUUACCUGGUGACCUCCCUGAAUCAACACACAUGGCCGAUGUUUACUCGGUCCAAUACGGAUUCCGAGCUGUUGUGGAACGACCUACUUUUAUGCCUAAUCACACGGCUCGUCGUGCCAUUCAUCUCUCUCGCCAAGUGCUUCCUUUCUCUGCCGAAUUCAUGGAACCGGCUUCAGUCUUUAAUCAAUGGUCCGAUAAACUGAACUACGAAAUUACACUCCCUACAAAAAUGUACAGCCACGGAGAAGAAAUUCCUGUCAAUAUUCGCAUCACGCCUCAAGUGGCUGGACUUCGCCUUCGACACGUAACAUGCGUAUUUAAAGAAUACAUGAUUUGUCAUGCCAACCAGUCCAACAGUCGACCUCGUGCUCACGGCCGUAUUCUCUACAACAUACGCGACGAUAAAUUCGGAAAACAAAACGCGAGUGGCGAUGAUUCGUUCCUUGUCUGGUCCAAAACACUUACGGUUCCGGUGCCCAAGUCGAUUGAGGAUGUGCAAUGCGAUGUACAAAACGACAUUGUGCGGAUUCGCCACAAACUGAAUUUCACUUUAUGCGUUGAAAAUGCUCAAGGGCAAACAUCCGAAUUGCGCGCUUCCAUGCCUGUCACUAUUUGCGCUCCUACAACUACCGGAUUACCUUCAUACGAAGAAGUAUGGCAAUCGCUGCCUUAUGAUCCUGCUCUUAUGCUUCAAUUACUAUUCGGUCAACAACAGGACAAUCGACAGCUCUUGGCGGCUUCCUGUGCUAUGGGAGACGAGCCCUGGGCGUCGGAACGACUUCCAACCUAUGAUGAACACUUGUGCGUAACGUAAAUGGCACCUUUGUAUCAGUUCUUCCCACAUCCAUACCCUCUCAUUUCCAUCCUAUCAUCCAUAUCUUUCAUCGCUUCAUUAUUCCAUUCAUACAUACACACUACUAGCAUUAUACUUGCGUUUAGCAGCUUUACUACGCUAAUUUAAUACACCAAUUUUUUAUGCUCUCACGUUGCUGUGCAUUUACUUUUUUAAGAAUUUCCAGAGGUCGCGACCGUUGGGGGUGUACACACGAUGUGAGUCACAUGGAAG